CGAAAAGCAUUAUAAACCUUGGCCUUUUGUUUGGAGGUUGGUGAGACUGCAAAAUCGGAACGCGCAUCCCACAAAGUGAAGAAAAGAGAAGUUGUUUCUACGGCUUUCGCGAGUCAAGAAGUGUGGGGUCGGAAUUCAGAAGAGAAAAACUGAAUCAGCAAAUCAAAUCCAAAACCGGUUAUCGGAAUCGAAGUUCAAAUAUUACCAAAUCUGUGACUGCUAAUCAGAGCAGUGAGCCAAAGCUGGGAAUUCAAACUUGGUUGCAUGCGAAGAGCCCGAAAUAUGAGACCGAACAUAGUUUCUGAGGCAGGGUUGCCUACUAGGAUGAAUCAAUGGUGGGAAAGCAUUCCAUUUCUCACUUCUGCAGUGGUGGUUGUCUGUGGAGUCAUUUACUUGGUCUGUCUUUUGGUUGGAUACGAUUCCUUUGCUGAGGUUUGCUUCUUGCCAUCUGCUGUUGUGUCACGGUUUCAAGUUUACAGGAUUUAUACUUCCAUUAUCUUCCAUGGUUCACUGCUUCACGUUCUCUUCAACAUGAUGGCUUUAGUUCCCUUGGGGUCUGAGCUGGAGAGGAUCAUGGGCUCAGUUCGCUUGCUAUAUGUUAUUAUUUUGUUGGCUACUAGCAAUGCCAUAUUCCACGUGCUCAUAGCACUGGUGGUGGCACACAAUCCUGUUCUUACAUAUGAUUACCUCAUGAAUGAGUGUGCCAUAGGCUUCUCAGGAGUUCUAUUUUCAAUGAUUGUUAUAGAGACAAGCUUGAGUGGAGUUCAAUCCAGGAGUGUUUUUGGAUUGUUUAAUGUGCCUGCCAAGUGGUAUGCAUUCUUUUUGUUGGUAGUAUUCCAGCUUCUCAUGCAAAAUGUUUCACUACUUGGGCACCUUUGUGGCAUUUUAUCUGGGUUUGCAUAUACAUAUGGAUUGUUUAAUUUCCUCAUACCCGGAACCACAUUUUAUUCUUCUAUUGAAUCCUCGUCCUGGCUUUCAACAUGUGUGAGACGUCCAAAAUUUAUUGUUUGCACGGGUGGAAAUCCUUCGGGUUAUAUUCCUACACAUACAAACCAAAAUUCAACAAGUGGUGGCUUGCUUUCUGGAAAUAUUUGGAGGAACCUGUCUUCAUUGAUGCCUCAAAGGGAAGUGUCUACUCAGUCAACUGAGGACAGUAGGUUCCCUGGGAGGGGAAGGACCCUUGGUUCUAGUCAAGAUCAAGCUCCUUCUCAUCUUCAUUCAGAUUCAAAUCUUCAAGAAAGACUUUUGGAGGAUAGUAGUCCCAAUAAUCCUUUAGUUUCAUCCACUCCUAGUAACACUCAUCAGUUACCAGAAGGAAGGCGUUCAGCUGUUAAUGUAGCUACAACGACUGCUGUUCCACAGCAUCAGGGUGCAGUCGUUUCGGAAGAAGGGAUUAAAAAACUCGUAUCAAUGGGCUUUGACAGGACGCAAGUGGAAGUGGCGCUUGCAGCUGCUGAUGGUAAUAUCAAUGUUGCAGUGGAAAUACUCAUGAGCCAGCAGAGUUGAAAAAACUUCUGUUGGGUUCUCGUAGAGACUUCCCUGAGACUGUUGGUCGAGUAUGUUGCUGCACUUUGUUCAAUUACUGUCUAUUUAAUCUUUGGAACCUACCUACCACUAACAGUUCGUUGACACCUCAUAACCAUGCUAACUUCAAUUAGCAGAAUUGAACAUAUGUAAAUUACACAAGCAAUCUUAAGGAAUAUGAUGUUUAAUUGAAAAAAUUUAAACAUUUGGUUGUGCUUU